AUGCAACGAGUACCACAAUAUAUUCAACGACCAGUAAUCUAAGAUUCCUAUCGACAAUCCUUCAAGUCAGCGUCCGAUAAGGAAAACUAUUGUGUUCAAUUUUAAAAGCAAAAACCCAUCUAAGCACAUCAUCAUUAAUACCAAUCUACUUAAGUGCUUCAAAAACCUGAGAUGCGUCCUAGUUCAUCAUAACCAAGACAACCAUCAGUUCAAGCAGGCCCAAGACCAGCUUCAGCCUCCAACGAUAAAAGGGCCUUUUCAAAUCAGAAAUAACCAUGCAGAUCUUCAUUCAAAGAAUUGAAAAAUUCAACUUACAUUUAACCACAAUAAGCUACUCCAUAAUCUAGAUAUUUUUCAUUAAAAUAGGUUCCAGAUACCAAUCUUAUGAAAUGUUCAUCUGAUCAACAAUUGCCAAACAAAUAAAUCGAUCAAUAAGAGUAUAAGAAAUUACAUGAGAAAUUGCUCUUCUUGGAGAAUAAAAUAAACAAUAUUAAGUCCAACAUCGAAAUCAGCAAUUCUUAAUUGUAAAAAUAAUCUGAGAGAUCAAAACAAAAGCCACUUGGAUUGGCAGCUAAAUUUUUUCAAAAAAAAGAUCCAGAAAUCAAUGAGUCCAAAGGAUCAAUAUCUCCUAAAGAAUUGACUAAAUGUUCGACCUCCUUAAAUUUAUAACUGAAUAAAGCCUUAAAAUAGAGUUAAGUAAUUAAAGAGAAAGAUCAACCAAGCAUCAACCUGGAUCAAUUUAUCACCUAAGUAAAACAAAUUAAAAAGCCUAUCUUAUAAUAAUAAUCCUAAUUGAGUAGACAUCAGUCCUUAGAAAUCAAUUAAUCCUUCAAUUAAAUUACGAAACCAAUAAUUAAUAACAAAUCCUACUCAUCUCAAAAACCUACUAAAGAUGAUAAUUUUCUAUACUACAUCUCUAGCGUGGCGAGAUCCAUAUUUCUAUAAUCAGCCAGUAAAGUCGAUGAAGUAGUAAGAGAUCAUAUCGUAUAAACUAUUUAAGGUUUAGAAUAUGCUAGAAACCUAUCCUUGGAAUUCUAAUAGGAUAAAGUAGUUAAUUUACCUAAAACAACUCAUUUAAAAACAAUAGUGUUCGAUUUAGAUGAAACAUUGAUCCAUUGCAAUGAAAGUGUUACCGUACCUGGUGAUAUUAUUCUACCAAUAACAUUUCCCAACGGAGAAAAGAUCUAAGCAUCUAUCAAUAUAAGACCUUAUGCAUAAUAAAUCCUAUAAACAUUGUCUCGGCACUUUGAAAUCAUUGUUUUCACUGCAUCUCAUUCUUGUUAUGCUAACAUUGUGUUGGAUUAUUUAGAUCCAAAGAAAUAAUGGAUCAGCCAUCGACUAUUUAGAGAUCAUUGUAUAUAGACUGACGAGGGGGCUUAUGUUAAAGAUUUAAGAGUUCUUGGCAAUAGGAAGAUGUCAAACAUUUUAUUAAUUGAUAAUGCGAGUUACUCAUUUGGAUAAUAAAUUGACAACGGUGUACCGAUUAUAGCUUUUUAUGAUGAUAAAUAAGAUUAGGAAUUGCUCUAUCUACAAAAUUACUUAAUGAAAUUCCGAGUCGUGACUGAUGUUAGAGAAUUGAAUUCUUAGUUAUUAAAAGUGAGUUCAUUCACCAACUAUUAAGACCCAACAAAGUUAAUACAAGAAUUAUUUCCUGAACAAAUACCAAAGUGA